UUCCUACUCACCUCAGGCCAGUUCGGAGCCCACAUUUCAACCUACACCAUGAUUCUUCUGAUCCUCUUCCUCCUACCAGCAAUACAAGCACACAAGAACACCUCGUUAUGUGGGGGAUUCCAAGCUAAUUUCAAUUUCAAAAGUGUGAUAGGAUCAUGGCAGGUUGUGGCCAUAAUACCAGAGAAAUUAUUUCCUGAUAAAGAUAUUACUUGCUUCAACGUGGACUUCAGUGAAACCGACGAGGCUGGUCUCCGAUGGCUGGUCAACAAAACUGAAGCGCCGAGCAAGCUCAACCUCUCAUCCAUCAAGGGACCAAUCAUCCGGCAGCGGUACCACUCCGAACAUCCCUUCGACGUAUGGUCCCGCUUGGUUGACGGGACCACCGGCUGCUUCCACCAGGUGCUGGCUUUGGAUCCUGAGAAGAGUGACAUUUUCAAAGCGGUGACUCACGAUGCAACGAUGCAGUUGCACCUGAUGAAAUCAGAAGACGGCUCGGGAAAGUUCCUGGUUCAGAUGCUGUGGGGCAAGAUGAUAGCGGCCGUUAUAUACCGGCGAAACCAGGGCAUAACAGAAGACCAGUUGAAGCCUGUCUUCGAACUGAUGGCCAAACUCCGCGGCCCGCAACGGUUACCGAAGAUCUGUCACGUCAAACUGAACAAUUUGCACAUCCUACACAAACAAUAAUUUUCAGCUUCGUGUAGAUUUUCAUAAAACUAUUGCAAUAGAAAAUUUUAUUCUUUUUUCUUCUAUUUUCAUGUCACGUAGCUUCGGUUAAUUGAUUUUGAUAUGUUCUCUAUUAGAUUAUGUUAUUACGUCGUGUUUAUUCAAUUUAGGAUGAUAUACAUCACUUAUUGACGUGAAAAAAUUACUUAAACUAAGUCUACUGCCGGCUUCCAAAGCGCAGGUGAAGAAGAAUCGGCGCAACAAACUUCACCGUAGCCUUUUCUCCAAAGACGUAAAUAAAAUAAAUAAAUAUAAUAAAUACAUAUGGACAAAUCACACCGAUUGAGCUAGCCCCAAAGUAAGUUCGAGACUUGUGUUAUGGGAUACUAACUCAACGAUACAAUAUUCUAUAACAUAUAAACAUAUAGAUAAACAUCCAAUACCCAGGUCAAUCUGAAAAAGAUCAUUUUCCAUGUUGCCCUGACCGGGGAUCGAACCCGGGACCUCCAGUGUAGCAGUCCGGCAUGAUGACCAUUAGGCCACGGAGGUCGUCAAAUCUCAAUUAACAAAGUAGGUCUUAUGUGAUGUUAAUCAUCCCAGUUGCGUAAAGAUUUCGAACUUGAUACUAUUCGGGAUACCGUGUCUUAACCACUAGACCACUACCGAUGCAAGUAUAUAGUAAUUGCACUCAAUGAUAUUGGAAUCAUAAUAUUUUGCAUACCAUCUCAUCUAAUAAAGUAACUUUGUACUUUUGUUUGCAUUCUAUAGUUAUUUCGAAAUGAAUUAGACACACCUUUUCAUAAACGUCUGUCUACAACCAUUACCGUAAUAUCACAAAAGACAACAAUCAUAUUAUGACAAAAAGCUG